GGAGGCUCCCCGAGCAGCCAGACAGAGCUGGGGCAGCUUGGGCUGAAGCUGCAGAGAGCAGCAGGCUGCACGGGCCCCGGAGCAGUGGUUGGGGGGUGGCAGCUGCAGCUGAGCUGAGCUGGGCUGGGCUGGAGCUGCCCAGGGCUGCCCGUCAGGGCCCACACCCCAGACCAGAGCGGGGCUGGCUGCAGCCGCGGCAGAGCCCCAGAGCAGCACGGCCCGCGGGAGCCAGAGACGGACCUGCCCAGGCUGUCCCGCUGCACACAACCAGCGGGUGAGAAGCUGCCGCUGAGCCACUGACAGCUCUGCCGAGCGCCGAGGCUUGGCGAAGCCGGUGAACGCAGGAGCAGUGCCUCCUUUGGGAUCCCCAGGUCUGACUGGAGCGGGCUUGCUGCCGGGAGCCACACGACCGCGAGACCAGCGUGAGCGCCGCAGGGGACCGUGGCUGAACAACAGGGCAAUCAGGACGCCACGGCUCCUCCUGAAGCGAUGGCUCAGCCCUACCCCCCGGCCCAGUAUCCCCCACCUCCCCAGAACGGCAUCCCCGCAGAGUACGCGCCCCCACACCCCCACCCCACGCAGGAGUACUCGGGGCAGAGCACGGUACCAGAGCACGCCAUGACCCUCUACACGCCAGCACAGAGCCACGCCGAGCCGCCGGGCACCGACGCCAGCACGCAGUCCAUAGCGGGCACGCAGACGGUGCCGCAGACAGACGAAGCGGCGCAGACAGACAGCCAGCAGCUCCACUCCUCAGACCACACAGACAAGCAGCAGCCCAAGCGGUUACACGUCUCCAACAUCCCCUUCCGGUUCCGGGACCCCGACCUGCGGCAAAUGUUCGGGCAAUUUGGGAAGAUCCUGGACGUGGAGAUCAUCUUCAACGAGCGGGGCUCCAAGGGUUUUGGGUUUGUAACUUUUGAAACUAGCACAGAUGCCGACCGGGCACGGGAGAAGCUGAAUGGCACAAUCGUAGAGGGACGGAAAAUUGAGGUGAACAACGCCACCGCCCGCGUCAUGACGAACAAGAAGGCUGCAAACCCCUACACAAACGGCUGGAAGCUGAACCCGGUGGUGGGAGCCGUCUACGGGCCUGAAUUCUAUGCAGUCACAGGGUUCCCUUACCCCGCCACGGGGACGGCCGUGGCGUACCGAGGGGCGCACUUGCGGGGCCGGGGGCGCGCUGUCUACAACACCUUCCGCGCCGCGCCCCCGCCUCCCCCCAUCCCCACCUACGGAGCGGUCGUGUAUCAGGACGGAUUCUACGGAGCCGAGAUCUACGGAGGAUACGCGGCAUACAGGUAUGCCCAGCCCGCCGCGGCGGCGGCAGCGUACAGCGACAGCUACGGCAGAGUGUACGCGGCCGCGGACCCGUACCACCACACCAUCGGCCCUGCCGCCACGUACAGCAUCGGCACCAUGGCUAGUCUAUACCGAGGAGGGUACAGCCGCUUCACUCCCUACUAGCAAGACAGACCCAUCCCCACAGUAUUUAACACUGACUGCUCACUAGAAACCAAACCAAACUAAGCCAGGGCAGAGCGUCCCGGAGGAGCGCGGCCCUGCCCGGGCCAGGGCCCUGCCCUGCCAGCCUCAGCAACCCAGACCUAUCGAUAGGUUUUACCUCAAGCCGCUCGUCCCGCGUCUCCUGCCUCCCUGCGCCCGCGUGCGGCCUGACCCGGCUGGACGGAGGCAGCCGUGCGUCCGGUCCUGCUCUCCCCGCCAUACAGCCAGCAGCCGAACAGCGGGGGAGAGCCCGGGCACGGGCCCCUCCCGGCCCCCCACCCCAGGGCCAGUGCAGCGCGCAGCCCCCAGCCCCGGCCUCCUGCUCCCCGCGCGCCCGUGCUCACGGCAUCGUCUUCCAUUCCCGGGCCGCAGGGAGCGCCAGCGCCCCACGGACAAGCAGCCCCGGCCCCAGGGAGCAUAGCGCUGGACCCGGUGGGCGCCUUGCAAGCCGCCCCGCAAUUGCCUCGGGGGCAGCGCUGCCCCCGCCUGGCUCUCGCAGCUGCCCCCGGGGUGCUCCGAGCCCCCCGGCUCCCGGGAGGCUCAGGCCGCGGGGUGCCCCGGCGCCGGGGGCGCGGGAGCACCCCAGCCCUGCCUCGCCCGCCCCAGCCGUAGGGACCCCGACGCCUGCCGCUAGCGUGCGCACGUGGGGCAGGGGGGCGCUGUGCAUGGCUGCGAGGAGCUGGGCCCGGGGCGUGAGCCGGGCCGGCCCCGGCGCUGGCUCCGUGCCCGCGGGCGAGUUCUGCCUUUCUGUUUCUGUUGUAGUGAAGCCGCAGCCGUCUCCUCCUGGGACCAGGAAGGGCAAACACACACAGUACAAACGCCCCUAAAACAGAGCAACAAAAAAACACACAGCAAGCAAGGCAAGGCACCAAGCGAGAGUCCCCUCCCGUCCACACACGCGCGGAGAGCCAGCGAGCCCCGCCGGAGCGCUGCGCCUGCCCGCAUCGCCGAGAGGCCGCACCACCCGACCGGACUGCGCCGCGGCCCCCGCCACCACCCCCGGCCGGCGGCGGGAGACCCAGCCCCGCUCCCUGCCGGCCCGCCGGCCCUCACGACCCCGGGGCGGGCGGGGAGGGGAGCGGCACGGGGCAGCCUCUGGCACGGGCUCCGCAGGCGGGCACCACGUCUUCCUUUCCGCUGCCCCCCAGAGCAGAGCCGUGGGGCACGGGGCUCUGGGCACCCCUUGCCCUGGGCUGGGGGGGGGACUCGGCCUCAGGGGUAGGAAUCUCGCUUCUCAUUGUCCGAGCUCCGGUAGUUUAGCGCUUGCUGCUCAUCCGUGCAUCGAGUGUGCGAGGCCUCUGCUCCCCGAGCAGCGCGGGGCCCGGCUGUGCUUUGCUGGGGGUGGGGGGCGGGGGGCCGGGGGGGAAGAGCCCUGCCUGCUUGGGGGAUUUCUGUUCAACUCGCUCGCAUGUCCUUCCCCCGUGUCCUGCGCCCCCGGCUCCCCGGCGGGCGCUGCGUCCCCCUGCCCCUGGCUCCCCCGGGCCGGGCCGCGGCGCAGCACGGAGCCAGGAGCACCGGGACACGCUCUGCCUCUCCCACUCUCGCCGCCGGCCCCCGCGGCAGGCUGGCCCUGGCCCAGGCCCACGGCCCCGAUGGCUCUUGGCCUUGGGGGCAGGAGGGCAGCCGUGGCUCCCAGGGGUGCGCAUCCCCUCCCCGCUGCCCGCCAGGGCCCUGCUCAGAGCUGGCCGGAGCCCAUGCGAGCCCGGGGGCCGCAACCACCCGGCUGGACCAGCGCCGGGGCGGCGCCAGGGGCCCACAGCUGCUCUUUGGCAGCCAGGGAUGGAGAGAGCUGCCCAUGCCGCGGGGCACAGCGUGGAGCCCCACAAGGCCUCGCCUGCUCCCUGCAGCCACUCGCACCCAGCCCAGCCUCGGGGGCGGUGGAGCCGGGGGGGCGACCCCUACACCCGUGGGUGGGCAAGCACUGGGAGCACUGGCGUGGCCGUCGGGGCUGGCCGGCUGCAGGGCAGGGGGGCACUCCCCGCGGCGCCAUCAUCUCAUCACACCUCACUUUAUAUUCUGCGUACGCUCCUGACGCUCCAGCAAUGAGCCCCCCUUUUCUAUUCCCGUUGUACAUAGCCCCCUCCCGGCCCCCACCCCUGUACAGAGCUCCCCCCACCCCAUCCGCUGCACUGGCCCCUCGCGGAGCCAGUCGCGCCCCGGAGCGCAGGCCGGCGCCGGCCCAUUCUGUAUGCUUCGAAGGUGUGACCAUUCUAAUAAACAGUAUUAUUAUUAUUAUUAUUAUUACAACGAGGAUUAUUAUUAUUAUUAUUAUGGAAAUUAUUAAUAAAGAGUUCUUUCUUCAA